AUGCCCCUAUUGGGAAGCCAGCUUGGCCGGCGCGGCCUCUCCAGCGAGGCUGAGAAGCCGCGCCAUGGUCCUCUUGGACACCGUGCUUUCGUCGCCCUCGGGAGCAAUCUGGGUGACCGGAUAGCCAUGAUCGAACAAGCCUGCAAUGCUAUGGAAAGCAAAGGCGAUGUUCGAAUCCUGCGCACGAGCUGCUUGUGGGAGACAAAGCCCAUGUAUGUAGAAGACCAGGGGAGCUUUGUGAACGGUGCCUGCGAGAUUGCAACUUCUCUCAGCCCCAUAGGCCUGCUUGACAGGCUGCAAAGCAUCGAGAACGAGCUCGGCCGGGUGAAGGUCGUCGAGAAAGGGCCUCGCAACAUCGACCUGGACAUCCUGCUCUACGACAACGACGUCAUCGAAACAGAACGGCUCUCCGUCCCCCACAAGCUCAUGCUGGAGCGCGAGUUCGUCCUCCGGCCCCUGUGCGAGAUGAUCCCCGACGCCGUCCUCCCCAACACCGGGCCAGACUCCCUGCAAGCCCACCUCGCCCGCCUCCCGCCGUCCGACCCCCCCCUCUCCACCAUGACGCCCCUCACGCCGACCAUGCCGGCCAUCCGCGCCCUCCACAGCUCCCGCCGCACGCACGUCAUGUCCAUCCUCAACCUGACCCCGGACUCCUUCUCCGACGGCGGCGCCCACCUCCUCUCCCCAUCGGAGCCCGUCAACUCGCCCGCCCACCUCGCCGCCAUCAAGCGCACCCUCCUCGCCCACAUCUCCGCCGGCGCCACCAUCAUCGACAUCGGCGGCCAAUCCACGCGGCCCAACGCGCCCCAAGUCCCCCCCGCCGAAGAACUCGCCCGCAUCCUCCCCGCCGUCCGCCUCGCGCGGUCCCUCCCCGAAGCCGCCCACGUCGCCAUCAGCAUCGACACGUACCGGGCGUCGGUCGCGUCCGCCUGCGUCGCCGCCGGCGCGCACGUGAUCAACGACGUGUCGGCGGGGGCGCUCGACCCCUUGCUGCUGCCGACGGUCGCGGCGCUCGGCGCCAGCGUCUGCCUCAUGCACAUGCGGGGCGCGCCCGACACGAUGGCGAAGCUGACGAACUACCCGCAAGGGGUGCUGCGCGGCGUCGCCGACGAGCUGGCGGCGCGCGUGCGCGCCGCCGAAGCCGCGGGCGUGCGCCGCUGGCGCAUCGUGCUGGACCCGGGCGUGGGCUUCGCCAAGACGCUGGACCAGAACCUCGAGCUGCUGCGGCGGCUGGGCGAGCUGCGCACGGAGCCGGCGUUCGGGGGCUUGCCGUGGCUGGUCGGCACGAGUCGGAAGGGGUUUGUGGGCAGGGUGACGGGCGUGGAGGAGCCGCGGGAGAGGGUCAUGGGGACGGCGGCGACGGUGGCGGCGGCGGUGCAAGGGGGGGCGGAUGUGGUGCGCGUGCAUGAUGUGCCGCAGAUGGUUGAGACGGUGAGGAUGGCGGAUGCUAUUUGGAGGGUUUGA